AUGGUCGCUCAUAACGGAGAAAUUAACACACUUCGUGGUAACAUCAACUUGAUGCGAGCACGUGAAGGAGUAAUGUCUAGCACGCUAUACGAAGAUGAUCUCUUGAAACUUUACCCUGUCGUUGAAGAGGGUUUAACUGACUCUGGAUGUUUCGAUAACGUAUGUGAGUUUCUUGUCAAAGCCGGACAGCGAUCGCUACCCGAAGCGGCAAUGACAAUGGUCCCAGAGGCAUGGGAAAAAGACGAGGUCGUUCUAAAACCCCUUGUUUUCGUCAAUUUUGCAACUUUCUUAAAUCAUGCUAUUAUGAGAGUCUGCACAGCACGCGCAUGUUACUUGUGCUUCCAGGAAAUGGACCAUGAGAGAAGGGCUUUCUAUCGUUGGGCUGCUAUGGCUAUGGAACCAUGGGAUGGACCUGCUCGUUACUAUCUUACAGCUGAUGAUCAUUUGUAUUUGUCAUCGGAGGUCGGUGUGAAUGAUCAUGAUGAAACGACGAUUGUGAAGAAG